GAUACCUUCUGAAAACAAUGUCUUCUUCUUCAUUUCUUGUUCUUGCAUUUGUUGUUUUUUCUGCAAUAGUUAGUUCACAUGACAAUCUCUCAGUGCAAGCACAAGUAAACCCACCUCCAUUAGUAAAGGGUCUAUCAUGGACAUUCCACAAAACAAACUGUCCAAAUUUAGAAGGUAUCAUUAGAACUGAACUCACUAAGAUCUUUAAAAAAGAUAUUGGUCAAGCUGCAGGUUUGCUUCGUCUCCAUUUCCAUGACUGUUUUGUUCAGGGCUGUGAUGGAUCGGUUUUGCUAGAUGGAUCUGCUAGUGGACCUAGUGAGAAGAAUGCACCACCAAAUCUCUCACUCAGACCUCAAGCGUUUAAGAUCAUUAACGAUCUACGAAGUCGCAUCCACAAAGCCUGUGGCCGUGUCGUCUCCUGUGCUGAUAUCACUGCCUUGGCUGCUCGUGAUGCCGUCUUACUGUCUGGAGGUCCAAACUACCAAGUCCCACUAGGUAGACGCGAUGGGCUCGCUUUUGCAACUCAAGCAGCAACACUUCAGAAUUUGCCUCCUCCCUUGGCAAAUACAAGCGCACUUAUCACAGCUCUGGCUGCUAAAAAACUCGACACUACUGAUCUCGUAGCACUAUCUGGUGCUCACACGAUCGGUAUCGGAAAUUGCGGAUCCUUCACUAGUCGAUUAUACCCUACCCAGGAUUCCACCAUGGACAAGACCUUCGCUAAAAACCUCAAAGUCACAUGCCCAAAAUCCGACACUUCCAACACUACAGUACUCGACAUUCGGUCACCAAAUGUGUUCGAUAACAAGUACUAUGUGGAUCUCAUGAACCGUCAAGGUCUCUUCACUUCUGAUCAAGAUUUGUAUAUUGAUGCAAGAACAAAACCCAUUGUGACUAGUUUUGCUGUGGAUCAAAAACUGUUUUUCGAGAAGUUCGUGCUCUCAAUGAUCAAGAUGGGUCAGUUAAAUGUGUUGACUGGCAACCAAGGACAGAUUCGCACCAACUGUUCUGCUCGUAACCCAACCACUUCAUCCUACUUGUCCUCAGUGGUUGAUGACAUAAUAAGUUUUGUUUGAUUUCAUGUUGUAUGUAUCAAGGGGAAAUUAGUCUUUCCGUAAAACUAAGGGACACACCUUUGCUGGUCUGUCUAAUAAAACGAGUUAUUUGGGUAUGAUAUUCACUUCUUUGGGCUUC